AUGAACGCGCACUCCCCGCCCCUCCCGAAUCUGCACGCCCUCUCCCUCGACACCCACGGCCCCGGCGGCUACACCCACCCCCCCCAGCACACCUACCGCUACAAUGCCGUAUUCGGCCCCCCCGUAGGCAUGCCCCAGCCAGCAGGCAGCCCAGACUGGUCCUCCAAACGCAGCUCCCGAUCCGGCCUGCCUACUAACUGGUACGACCCGAACGAGUACAGGCCCGCAUCCCCCCCCGCGACCCUCUCCCCUCCGUCCUCGGCCCCCACCACCGCCCCGGCCUACCCCUACCAGCCCCAGCCGUCCUACCCCGACGGCUCGUAUGGGAUGCCCCUCGGCAUGGUCGACACGCCCUCCCCACCCCCGAUGGGCUAUCCCCCGAUGGGCUUCAACGGCGGCUACCCCGUAGACCAGAGACGCGCACAGCAGCAGGCGCAGGGCCAGGCGAAUGGAUGGCGGAACGGCUAUGCGAUGCCUGCAAUCCCUCAUCAAGACGACGACGUGAUCCCCACCGCCAUCGUCAUCAAAAACAUUCCCUUUGCCGUCACACGUGAGACCCUGCUGGGCGUGAUGGAGUCGCUCGGCGCGCCUCUGCCUUAUGCGUUCAACUAUCACCACGAUAAUGGCGUAUUCCGCGGUCUGGCGUUUGCAAACUUUAGGGCCCCCGAGGAGGCCGCGAGUGUCGUCGCCGCGCUGAACGGGUACGACGUCCAGGGGAGAAAGCUGCGCGUCGAGUAUAAAAAAGUGCUGCAGCCGGGAGAAAAGGACAAGAUUGAGAGGGAAAAGGCGUUGAAGAGGAUGCGGUCGCUGCAGUUUGAUAGGGAAAAGAUGCCGCCGCCUCUCAACCUGCCUAUCCGUCAUCAGCAGGUGCCCCCCAUUCCGUAUGACCAGUCGCCACCCCAUUCCGCCUCGGCGGCGUCGACUUCAUCUGCCGACAAUCUACCCCCGCUCGAUAUGAAUGACCCCGCCACGCUCGACAUCUACUCUCGCGUCUUGGUUUUCAAAGAGGACAGGAUGCGGGAUGAGCUGGCGUUUUCCAAAAACUUGACCCCGCAGGAGAGGAGGAUUGUGCAUUCCGUCGCACAGCGACUCGGCCUCUCGAGCCGUACGCGAGGCGAAGACGACCAAACCGUCGUAGUCAGCCGCGAACCCCAGCCCCGACCGCAACUCCACUCCUCCACAUCCCUCCAAAACAACUACUACGACCCUUCUCCCCAGUCUUCCGCACCCGAAGUCUCGCCAAACCUCCGGUACAAAAAGUCCAUGCCGGAUCUGCGCGGUUUCAAUGGUCCUGUCGUGUCGCGCGACCCGUCCCGGAGUUUGACGCCGCAGAGGAGUUCGGGCAAUAUCCGAGAGAUGGGGCGCGAGUAUGCGUCCAUGGGCGCUGCUGGUGGUCGUCAGGCGAGUCGUCAGCAGCCGUCCAACCCUCAAUACGGCGGUGCAUUCAACGGCCUGUUUGGCCAUUCUAUCGAUAUCCCCCCUGUGCCGCCUCUUCCUUCUGGGAUGGGCAUGCACAACAAGGGCCACUCUGUCUCGAGUAUCAGCGGGAUAAGCGGCCAGCCGCAUCACUCCCACUCGCACUCGUACUCGCAAUCCAACCAAGCAUUCUCCUCACACCACUCCAACGGCCGCGCCUCGCCUGAAGACUUGCUCUCACCCAUCUCGUCCUCUUCCCUCUCCCACGCGCAGUCCCUGCCGAAUAAUAAUCAUAAUAAUGCGACGCAACCGGUGCGGAACCCCCGCGGACCGGCGGGCGAGUCUAGGGGGUUUUCACAGACGUUGAGGCCGGUGGCGAGUAGGGGCAUGAUGGGCCCGCCUCAUCUCCCCCAUUCCUCCGGCAGCGCAGGGAGCAGCGGCGGCAGCACCGGCAACAGCACCAGCGCCGCAGGCCUCUCCUCUUCCCUCCCCCGGGAUCUGGGGAGGGAAGCGGCGGGCACGAUCGGUGAAGGACCUGGGAGUGUGAGUAGUAGGCGGGAUAGUGGGAGUGUGAAGAGUGGGACUGGGAGUGGGAGUGGGAGUGGGGAUGAGGGGAUCAUGAGGACGAGGGAGAGUUUAGAAAUCUAA